AUGAAGAAAUCUGCCCCAUCACCAGUGGUUUCGAACCACUCCACUAUCGGAGAACCCGAUUCGAAUGCAGAAGGGCACCUGGUACCCCGUCUCAAUAAGCUCACCAUGGUUGGAAUGAGCUUCGCAAUCUUAAAUACGUGGAUUUGCCUGGCAGGCAGCAUCGGACUCGUCAUGCCCAGUGGAGGGUCAGUUUCCUUCGUAUACGGUUUUAUCUUCUGCGUUCUCGCAGCACUAUGUCUUGGUGCUAGCAUGGGAGAGAUGGCUAGUAUCUGGCCCACGGCAGGUGGACAGUACCAUUUCACAUAUGCUCUUUGUACAGAGAAGUGGCGAAACUCGGUCAGCUUCUGGUGCGGAUGGACGAACAUUGCGGGAUGGCUCACCCUCGUCACCACGGAAGCCUUCUUCGCGGCUCAAUUCAUCUCUGCCGCUGCAGUGGUGGGGUCGGGGGGUUCCUAUGUGAUUGAGGCGUGGAAAACAUAUUUGAUCUUUGUGGCGGUAUCGACGUAUGCCAUGCUCGUCAAUAUCUUUGGGAACCGUAUCCUGGGAAAGUACAAUGAUUGCGCUUUGUAUUGGUCCAUUCUUGGAUGUGUCGUAAUCAGCGUCGUGAUCCUCGCUACAUCGGACAAGAACAGCGCCGAGUUCGUCUUUACGGAUUUUGCAAAUAACACGGGAUAUUCUGAUGGAGUUGCUUGGAUCCUUGGCCUACUACAGUCUGCUCUCAGUUUGAUCGGAUACGAUGUGAUUAUGCAUAUGACGGAGGAGAUGCCAUCGCCGAGGAAGGAUGCUCCCAUCGCUAUUCUCUUGUCCAUCAUUGUUGGAGGUGUAACUGGAACAAUAUUCAUUUUGGUUAUGCUGUUCAGCUUGACAGAUCCCGACAGAGUCUUCAGCACAAAGACUGGCCUAGCGAUCGUUGAGUUGAUAUACCAAGCUACUAACAAUCGUGCGGCGACUGUCAUUAUGACACUCAUGCUCUCAGUCUGCUUCGUCAAUGGCACACUCGGCAGCAUGACCAGUGGUUCCCGGCUCUUGUACGCAAUGGCCAGAGACAAGGGUGUCAUCUUCCCUGAAUUCUUCGGCCGCAUCCGCAAAGGUCUCGACGUCCCCGUCGAAGCGAUAGUCGUAACGCAAGCCUUCAACCUCCUCUUCGGCCUCCUCUAUCUCGGCCCCACAGUCGCAUUCGGUGCCUACAUCUCCUCAUGCACCAUCCUUCUCAAUCUCUCCUACGCGAUCCCCAUAACCGUCGUCCUCCUCCGCGGUCGCUCCGUCCUGACCCAGCACCAAACAGCAGACAUCCCCUUCCAACUAGGCAAAUGGGGAUACGCCAUCAACUACACAGCUGUAAUCUUCGUGGGCGUCACCACUGUGUUCUUCUGUUUCCCCGCCGCGAUACCUGUGUCAGUCAACACGAUGAACUACGUCUCGGCCGUACUAGGCAUCUUCAUCAUCUUCUUAACCGCAUAUUGGAUCUUCUUUGGCGACAGGUUCGAAGGACCGGUAAGUCUCCAACUCCCCUUACGCUUUCUUUCCGAAGGGCUUCAGAGCAAUGCUAACGUGUUAUGA